UUACAUUGAAGUCCUUGCAUGCAAAGUGCAGUGCGAGAGUAAUCUGACACCCAUUAUAGGAGGCUUUGUUGUUGAGAAAUUUGUGGCCACCAUGUACCAUUACUUGCAGUUUGCUUAUUAUAAAUUGAAUGACAUGAAGAAUGCAGCUUCUUGUGCUGCUAGUUACCUUCUGUUUGACCAGAAAGAUGAAGUAAUGAAACAGAACAUGGUCUAUUAUCAGUACCACAAAGACAAAUGGGGACUUAAAGAAGAGGAUUUUCAGCCCAGAUCAGAGGCAGUUCGAUACCACAACAUAACCACACUCCAGUUGGAAAUGUAUGAAUUCGCAAAGGAACAUCUGAUGGAUGAUGAUGAGGGUGAAGUUGUGGAAUUCCUUGAUGAGCUGUUAGAAGUAGAAGAAAAGAAAGAAUCCUGAUGAGUAAAAGCACCACGAAGUAUUUUACAAAAGUGAAGACUCGCCAUUGCUCCUUACUAUUGUUUUUGGUCACCUGUAGUUCCAGUUAGAUAUACCUCAAAGCUGCUCCUUUAAGCUCCACCUUAUGUCACAAGAUCCACUCCUGAAAGAUCACUUCCAUGCUGCACUGACUUCUCCGUGAGCAUGGCUUUUCACUGUGCAUUUACAGAAUUGGUGCAUAUGGGUUUUCCUCUUGAGGUUUCUUUCCUUUACACAAACACAACAAAGCAGACUAUUUGUAUUUUCUGGGCUAAACUAAGGUUCCUCAUUUCAGUGCUGUUCUACUAAGUUAUAACAGUACAGCUAAGUUCUGAAGAACUUUUGUCAGAUAAUGAACCACGGAAGACAUAACAGUUCCUCUAGACUUUCUGAGCUAUGUAUUGUAUUAUUUAUAUAUGUCUUUUUCUGUGAUGAUGAAUAAAGUGAUACUGAUCCCAAUGCACCUGAAAGAUUUUAAGAUACAUUUAAAUAGCUGAAAUAAGAUGAUUAACAAAGCACAACUAGUGAUCUUGUAAAAAUUGCUUAAAGAAUUCUGUAAGCAGUGUUGAUCUUUCUUAAAAACUAAAUGAAAUUCCAUGAUGUGAAACUGAGGUCACUUAAAACUGAAUAAUAAAUAAUUCCUUCUUUCUACCAA